AAGAGCCUUCUCUUUGACUAAAUUUAUGUUCAUGAUGAGUUAUUACUAAUAUUAAUUAAUUAAUACAUUAAUUAAUUAAUUGAAUUAGUGAGGAUGAAAAGAUGACAGCUUUUCACACGUGGUAUAAAUAUAUAAAAUAUAUAUUAUUUUAAUUGGACACUUUGGAAAAAAAUAAUCAGUAUUAUUUCUAUUCAUCUCUUUUAAUUUUUUUUUUAGGGUGGGGUGGUAGUGAGCUAUUCAAUGGAGACCUAAUCCUUGAUACCUUUCCUUGAGAAAGUAUACACGGUUAAGUCUUUGAGUAAAAUUUUUGUCUUUCGUAAUGGAAAGUAAUUAUUACGAUUCUUUUCAAGGCAUGGAAUAUAGUGGUAAUUAUAACUAUGAAGAUGAGAGCUUCUUUGAAUUCAAGCCAAAUAUUUCUCAAGGUAUCUAUGAUUUAUCAAGUGCUUACAACACAAAUAUUGAAGAAAAAAGUGGUCAAAAGUCAAUUUCUUCUAAUAAUUCUUCCUCUAAUUCUGGGGGAUUUCUCAUUUCAUUUUCUUCAAAUCAAGAAGAAGAUAUUGGUGCAAUGAUAAGCUCAGAAAAUUCAUGCCAAGAAUCAUUUUUAUUAGGGGAAAAUAAUAAUAACAAUAAUAAUAAUAAUAAUGUUAUGUAUAAGAGGAGUCCACAACAAGCACAAGAUCAUGUUAUUGCAGAGAGGAAGAGGAGAGAAAAAAUGGGAGACCUUUUCAUCUCUUUGUCAAAGAUUGUACCUGGUCUUAAGAAGUUAGAUAAAUCAUCUAUCCUUGGAGAUACGAUUGAGUACAUGAAAGAGCUUCAAGAACAAGUAAAACUUCUUGAAGAGUCAAAGAAAAACACAUCAUCAUCUUUGGAACAUAAUGAUUCUAACAAGGAACAAGUAUUAGGAUCAAACAAGAUUAAGGUAAGGAUUAUGGACAAAAAUGUACUUAUUAACAUACAUUGCAACAAACAAGAUGGAAUGUUGGGAAGAUUGCUAGUCCAAAUGGAGCAAUUGCAUCUUUCAGUCCAUGACAUGAGGAUUAUGCCUUUUGGUCCUACUAAUCUUGAAAUAUCACUUCUUGCUCAGAUGGAGGAUGGAUGCUGCAUAAAUGUAGAGGAUAUUGUAAAGGCCAUCCAAAUCAACAUCCUGGACCUCGUAAAUAAUUAAAACACAUACACAUUUUAAAUUACCUAUAUGUAUAAUUAAUUGAGGGAUCUUUGCAGAUUAAUGUGUGAUACUUAAUUUCCUCUUCCUUUUAGUAUGUAUUUUUCUUUGUGGCAAAAUUCCUUAUAUAUAUACACUGGACGAAAA